GAGAGAACCGACAGACUCACCGGAGGAGAGGGACAGAGAGGAAGAGGAGAGAAGGAGCACCAGGGGGAAACGUUAUAUUUGCUGCGUGUCAUCACCUCCACCGGACAGGAUCUACUUCUUCAUCAUCAUUACUCCUCUUCAUCAUCCCUCCUCCUCCUCCUCCUCCUCCUCAUCAUCUUCACCCUCUUCCUACAGACCUCUCCUCCUCUUCCUCCUCUCCUUCAUCACCAUGCCGGGCUGGCGGAGGAACCUCACUUUCUGUCUGCAGCGGAUGCACGAGGAAGAUGACGGACCAUAUGGAAAAACAAAGGAUAUAUCCGGACAAGAACAAACCAUGGCCUCGAGAAGACACAGCAUACCAGAAGCUCUGCGGGGGGUGACCAUGGUGGAGCUGGUGAAGAAAGAAGGCAGCACACUCGGUCUCACCAUCUCAGGAGGAACCGACAAGGAUGGGAAACCACGGGUAUCGAACCUGCGGCCUGGGGGGCUGGCGGCCAGGAGCGACCAGCUGAACGUUGGCGACUACAUCAAGUCGGUGAACGGCAUCAAUCUGACCAAGCUGCGGCACGAGGAGAUCAUCAGCUUGUUGAAGAACGUCGGGGAGAGAGUCCUGCUGGAGGUGGAGUAUGAGCUGCCCCCUACAGCACCAGACAGCACCUCAGGGGUUAUAUCAAAGACAAUCGACAUCUGUUUGCACAAAGAAGGGAACAGCUUUGGUUUCGUGAUGAGAGGUGGGACACAAGAGGACUGGCACAGAUCACGCCCCCUAGUGGUCACCUAUGUGAGGCCAGGAGGCCCCGCCGACAGAGAGGGCACGUUGCGUCCCGGUGAUCGUCUCCUCAGUGUGGACGGCGUCCCGCUGCACAACGCCAACCACAGCGACGCCCUCAUCGUGUUGGCUCAGUGCGGCCAGGAAGCCCUGUUCCAGAUAGAGUAUGAUGUCACCAUCAUGGACACAGUAACGAACGCCUCCGGUCCGCUAUUAGUGGAGAUUGCGAAGUCGCCGGGAGCAACUCUGGGCAUCACGCUGACGUCGGCCAAUCAUCGGAACAAGCAGGUCAUCGUCAUCGACCGGGUGAAGCCUGGCAGCGUGGUGGACAGAUGUGGCGCGUUGCAUGCUGGGGAUCACCUGCUGUCCAUAGACGGGACGUCGACCGAACACUGCACGGUCCUGGAGGCGACGCAGCUGAUAGCCAGCACGACGGAACUGGUCAAACUGGAAAUGCUCCCGUCCCAUCAAACCAGGCUAACUGGGAAACAGCACGACACAGUUUACCAGUUUUGA